AUGAAGGAUCCAAGUACGCGAAUAUUGGACCACAUAGUCCAUUUGACGCCUCCAGGUACCGUCCAGCAAGCUUUUGACUCCUUCAAAUCCCUGGGAUUCAAAGUUCUUGAAGGAGGAACCCAUGCCGACGGUCUCACGUCCAAUGCUUUAGUUGUGCUGGCAGAUGGUGUAUAUCUGGAGCUAAUCGCCUUCACUCACGCUGCCUCAUGGUACCCUCCAGGCUCUGACGAACGCCACCGGCGUGAAUCGCACCGUUGGGCGACAAAGCAGCCUGGAUGGAUCGACUUUGCCUUUCUUGGAAAUGGAUCCAAGACGACUCGAAUAUCCGACAUUAUCAAUGCUCGUGGAAAACUAGAUGGUAGCGGAACUGUAUAUCUAUCUGAAGUCGAGGGAGGUCGUAUACGUCCCGAUGGCGUCGAGCUGAAAUGGCUUAUCUCGUCACCUGCUGAGGAAAGCAUACUUCCGUUCUUUUGCGGGGAUGUGACUCUACGAGAAUUACGUGUUCCUUUACAACCCCCCUCUAAUGCAGCGCACCCUUGCACUGCUGAGGGAAUCGCGCAUGUUCAUGUCCUUGCAGAAGAUGGAAUAAUCGAGCGUCUAUCUCAACAGUUCACAAGUGUCACCGGCGAACGACCUGUCCCAUCUUCAGCAAAAUCGUUCAAGUGGCUUCUUCAGACGUCAGCAGCGUCAUCGUCGAAUCAAAGCUGUAAGCUUAUUCUAAGCGUACCCGUCAGUGAGGAGGAACACGCUUUUCUUGAUGGUAAAGAGCGUGGCCUGUAUGAAAUCGGUUUCUGGGUCAAGGAAGGACAGCAACCCGGAAGUGUCGUGACACCCUACGGUAAAAUUACGUGGGUCCAAAUAGCUGAUUAUAAUUCAAGAGGUUCGUUCUGUCUUGUGUUUUGA